AUGGGCACCUGUGACAAGCGAGUUUCCACAGGGGUUAAUCCUAGGGCCAGUUCUGUUUCUGGCACAUGUGAACAACGUGGCUGCUGGAACUCUUGUGGUAUUCUGCGUCACCAUCUCACCGUGUGGACCUCUAUGUGUACUGACCAUACUGCAUGUUUAGUUGGGUGUCGAGUAGCUUGUGAUUUCUACAUGGACAGAGGAGCAAAUCACAGGGAGGAGUCGCAACACCUCAACCCACCAUUCCUCCGACUUCCUGCCCACCUCCCCGCCCCUCACGUUAGUGAGACGGGACAGGUGACCUGGGGGGGCCUUCAGUGGACCAGAGGUUCCGCCCCAGCCUCCCAGAAUGUUGUCGUGUACCUGUUAAUGGUUCACGGGGAUAGAGGAUGGAGGGAACUAACGCAGACGUCGGGGACCAGCGCACAAGUGUUACCUGAGGUGACAGGUCCAGUACGAGUGUUACUCUUGGCUGUCACCGAGCUGGGACUCGUAGCAGCCUCCGAAGUCUUCUUCAUCUUCGAUGAAGCAUCCAAGGACCACCACCACCACUUUGACUACAUUGGAAAUGCUUCUAAGAAUUACCUUACCCUUGACCAGGUGCGAAACCUGGUUGACCAUCUCCCUCCUGAUGCUACUUCAUCUUCCGAAAUCCCAUAUGGAUAUAAAGCAUCAGUUGCAGUGCCCCAGGCAUCAGUUCAUGGUCCAGGCAUCGUUCCCACUGUCCCAGGCAUCAGUUGCAGUGUCCCAUCCAGUUCGUGCCCCAGGAUCAUUGCAUGUGUCCAGGCAUCGUUGAGGGUGUCCCAGGCAUCAGUUGCACGUGCCCCGGCAUCAAUUGCAGUUCCCAGGCAUCAGUUGCAUGUUGCCCAGGAUCAGUUGCAUGUGCCAGGCUCGUUGCAUGUGUCCCAGGCAUCAGUUGCACGUGUCCCAGGCAUCAUUGCAUGUGUCCCGGGAAUCAGUUGCAUGGUGCCCGGGCAUCAGUUGCAUGUGUCCCUGCAUCAGUUGCACGGCCCCAGGCUCGUUGCUGUUUUCCCAGGCAUCAGUUGCAUGGUCCCAGGAUCUUGCAUGUGCCCAGGCAUCAUUGAUGUGCCCCAGGCAUCAUUGCAUGGUCCCAGGCAUCAGUUGCAUGUGUCCAGGCAUCGUUGCAUGGCCCCCAGGAUCAGUUGCAUGUGUCCCAGGCAUCAGUUGCAUGUCCCCCGGCAUCAGUUCAUUUUGUCCCAGGCAUCAGUUGCAUUGACCCAGGCAUCAUUGUACGUGCCGAGGCUCAGUUGUACGUGCCCCAGGCAUCUUUGUACGGGCCCCAUGAUUUUUUGUACGUGCCCCCAGGAUCAGUUGCUGUGUCCCAGGCUUGUUGAAACUGCCCCCCAGGCAUCUUUGCAUGUGUCCCCAGGCACUGUUGUCGUGUCCCAGGCAUCAGUUGCACGUUCCCAGGCAUCAGUUGAUGUUCCCAGGCAUCGUUAUGUGCCCCGGCAUCAGUGCAUGUGUCCCAGGCAUCGUUGCAUGGCCCCAGGCAUCGUGCAGUUCCCAGGCACAGUUGCAUGCAUCAGUUCAUGUGUCCCGGCAUCAGUUGCACGGCCCCAGGCAUCAGUUGCCGUGCCCCAAUCAUUGUCGUUCCCGGCAUCAGUUGCAUGGUCCCAGGCACAGUGCAUGGCCCAGGAUCAGUUGCAGGUCCGGGCAUCAAUUGCAUGUGCCCCAGGCAUCAUUGCAUGGCAUCUUGCAUGUGUGCCGGGAUCUUUGUACGUGCCCCAGGCAUCAGUUGCACGUGCCCCCGGCAUCAUUUUAUGUGUCCCGGGAUCGUUGAUGUGUCCCAGGCAUCAGUUGCAGUGUCCCGGCAUCAUUGCAUGUGUCCCAGGCUCAGUUGCACGUGUCCCAGGCAUCAUUGCAGUGUCCAGGCAUCAGUUGCACGUGUCCCAGGUUGAUAAUUCAUGGACACUGGAAAUCAUGAAUGUGAAGGUGGAUACACUGGCAGAAGUGACUACGUCGGGGACCAGCGCACAAGUGUUCCCUGAGGUGACAGGUCCAGUACGAGUGUUACUCUUGGCUGUCACCGAGCUGGGACUCGUAGCAGCCUCCGAAGUCUUCUUCAUCUUCGAUGAAGCAUCCAAGGACCACCACCACCACUUUGACUACAUUGGAAAUGCUUCUAAGAAUUACCUUACCCUUGACCAGGUGCGAAACCUGGUUGACCAUCUCCCUCCUGAUGCUACUUCAUCUUCCGAAAUCCCAUAUGGAUAUAAACUGCGUCCAUUAAGGAGACCGGACACCUCUACGAGAGAGACAGUAGAAAGGAACUCUACCUACACCUCUAUCUCGGAUGGGUCUGAUAGAGCUGCAAGUGAGCCUUCCCUCUCCAGAGUAACUUAUAACAAACCUGCAGUCAAUGACAGAGAUCACAUCAACCCAUUGCUGUUUCAACAAUUCGUCAGUGACAGAGAUCACUUCAACCCACAGAUGUCUCAGCACGUCAUCAGUGAUCAACAGCUUCAUGCGCCUUCGGUUGAUAAGUCAUGGACACUGGAAAUCAUGAAUGUGAAGGUGGAUACACUGGCAGAAGUGACUGUAGGUUGGGCACCCAGAGGGUCUCUUGGUGUAGAGUAUCUUCUCUCCUGGCUGGAAGAAUCGGGCUUUGUUUCAGGCCAUUUGUUGACUGACCAAGUUACCUGUAAACUGUCCUUGUGGCCAGCUCAAGCAUAUUAUAUACAGGUGGAACUCAUAGACUCACAGGGAAAUGCUAUUUUACAAAGCUUAGCAACCCCAGUCAUGUUUAAACCUGCUUUCCCCACGAGCUCAUCCAGCAAACUCGCUCCUACCUCCCUAACAACACUUCCUUUCAUCAACACACCAGCGCCAGCCUCAACACCCUCCACAACAACAAUGCAAAGAAACUCUUCUGAAGACGACUCGGAAAGGAUGGCUGAGAAACUGUUUACGAAGGUUCCUGUCUCGGUAAAUCCGUUUUUGAAGGAAGGUCUGACACCAGAGCUGAUGCUCGCGGAUAUCCCACUUGGACGAUCAACAACCUUGGCGGAAAACGCAAUUGAAGAGACAAAAACACAAGAGAUGAAUGAUGACAAUGAAGAAAAAUCCCAAAACAGCUCUCCAAGAGAAAAGAUUCCAACAGCAGAAACGUACGCGAGAGAAAUUUUAGUUACAGAAGCAUCGGAAUCCAUGUCACACGUCGCAGUGUGGUGUGUAGGUGUCAGCCUCGGAGCUGUGCUGCUCCUUACAUUCUGUAGUAUGAUAAUAUGGAUGUUGGGUAGAUUCCGAAAAUCUGCUCACGGUGACGAAUGUUGUGAAUAUAGAACGAAUGAUUGUAGACGUUCUUUUAAAUUAGCUGCGUCUCGCCACAAAAUAAGAAACCAAGCAACUUCUUGGAAGUUCGAGAACUUUUCCUCAGCAAGUACAAACUGUGAAUUAUUGCCCAUCAAACAGGAGGAUGUGGCAAUGUUCGUAAGACAGAGUGUGGAGCCAGAGGAUGUAAACAAAGAGAUUAAAUCAGAGUUUAUAAGAAAGGAGAAAGUAAAAAUACCUGAAAUGAUGGAGGAAGUGCCAGUACCAUUAAGAAAGCAGGCAGUGCCAAUACCUGUAAGAAAGCAGGCUGUGCCAAUACCUGUAAGAAAGCAGUUAAUGCCAGCUCUUGUAAGAAAGCAGGUAGUGGUAGCUCCUGUAAGAAAGCAGGUAGUGCCAAUACCUGUAAGAAAACAGGUAGUGCCAAUACCUGUAAGAAAACAAGUAGUAACAGUACCUGUAAGAAAGUAGGUGAUUCAGUACCUCUAAUUAAAGAGGCAGUGCAGUUGACAUAAUGUAACUAGAGAACUAGGCGGUUGUUCUGGACUAACCACCAAUUGUAAGUAAAACAAGGCACUAGUAGUUUGUUUAUAGUGUAAAUGAUAUUUAUUUAUCCUUAAGAAGAUGGUGUUGCGCUUUACCAGCAAGAAGCAACCGUCUCUUAUUAUCCCAACAUACACCUGGUUCUACUCCUCACCUCAGUGUAUCAGGUCAAGGACGAAAUAACAAUUGUUCUCCCAUGUUUUUGUCUCAUGUGAGUUUUUCUGUGAAUUUAGUUGCGUACGCACCCGCACGCACACACACACACACACACACACACACACACACACACACACACACACACACACACACACACACACACACAGGGCCAGGAGCUAUGAAUCGACUUCUACAAUCACAAAUAGGUAAGUACACACAUCAGAUAGCUGCUGCAGCAUAUGGGCGCCUGGAAAACGAUACCCCAGUAAGGAAUCGUUCAAGACUCUGUACAUCAGGCCCAUACUGGAGUAUGCAGCACCAGUUUGGAACCCACACCUGGUCAAGCACGUCGAGAAAUUAGAGAAAGUGCAAAGGUUGCAAUAAGACUAGUUCCAGAGCUAAGGGGAAAUGUCUUACGAAGAAAGGUUAAAGGAAAUUAGCCUGACGACACUGGAAUUUAGGAAGGUUAGGGGAGACAUGAUAACGACAUGUAAAAUGCUGAGAGGAAUUGACAAAGUGGACAAAGAGAGGAUGUUUCAGAGAUGGGACACAGAAACAAGGGGUCACAAUUGGAAGUUGACGACUCAGAUGAGUCACAGGGAUGUUAGGAAGUAUUUCUUCAGUCACAGAGUUGUCAGGAAGUGGAAUAGUCUGGCAAGUGACGUAGUGGAGGCAGGAACCAUACAUAGCUUUAAGACGAGGUAUGAUAAAGCUCAUGGAGUAGGGAGAGAGAGGACCUAGUAGCGAUUAGUGAAGCAGCAGGGCCAGGAGCUGAGUAUCGACUCCUGCAGCCACAUAGAGGAGAGUACACAGACACACACACAGUUGCUCGGUAUAAUAUAAGGAAUCGU